AUGCCGCCCCAAACUUCGUGCUCCCCCUGCACCCUCACCUUCCCAACCCGCCUCGCCCUCCGCUCCCACAUCCGCCGGUGUGAGUCCCACCCCGACUGCGACCCCUGCCACCGCAGCUUCCUCAACCACCACGCCCUCGCCACACACCUCGCCCAGAGCCGCUUCCACAACGGCCCUGUCCCCGCCCCGUCAAAGACAGGCAGCGCGCGGAUGGGAAAACGCAAGAAACAUCGGAGGCGGAGCGGGAGAGAGGGGAUGGAGGAAUCAACCACGGGGACUGAGGAGUAUGGGGGACACAAGAUCGAGGAGAAACAUACACCCUCCAGCCGAGAGCUCUGCGUCCCAGCACAGAAGAUAUUGAUAUGGGCGCCUUACCCCUUCCGCAGAGCCCCGCGCCGCAUCCUACCUCCUCGCCAUCUGCGAACUCUCCCGCGCCCAGUGUCAGCAAAACGUCUUGUUUCGGCUAUUGUGCGAAAGGGCCCUUGGUAUUUGAUGAUGAUGCUGGUGAUGGUGUUUUUUGUGGUUGUGAUAAACGGGUAUUGUGGGAGGUUUGGGUGUGGGUAUGGGUAUGGGUAUGGAUGUUAUAGUGUUGUGAGGAUUUAA